AUGAUUUCACAAACGUACAUUGUCGCCUUUAUCACAGCUUAUUUAGUGGCUGGUUCCCAAGCAGGCCCUUGUAAGCCCAGCUCCAGGAUCACGGAAAGCCUCGUCACGAGUGAUGUUUCGACUACAAUUGGAUCCGCAACUGCAACCAGCUCCGUCGAAACCACCACAGUGGCGUCCUCCUCCACCUACCUGUCAAAUGAAGAGUCGAGUGUCAUAAUCACGGAGUCCGUCAGCAGCACAGAGACAUCUUUGCCAUCCGAAGAAACAUCUACCACCGCCCUAUCGACUACCGAAGGUACAACAACGGAGAUUGCCACAACAACCGAAGCUGUUACCGCUACUGCCACGACGACUACAUCAGAAGAACCGUCAACUAUACCGUUCAUCGGCAAUGGUGGAUUCGACGAUUAUGAUUCAUCUAUCGAGCCUUGGCGAAAGUACGGCGACGUGGAUGCCUUGUCCAUCGACUCUGACAUCAAACACGAUGGACGCUAUUCUGCUCGCAUCGAAAUAUUAGGACACAGCCUCUUGCAAUACUCCAUCGCACAGCCUCUCCGGGGUUCCAUCACUGCUGGUGUUACAUAUACCAUGUCCGCGUGGGUCAGGCCGAACCCUUAUUGCUUUGCUGCUUCACUCCAAUGCACAUAUCAGAGUGACUAUUCGGAGCAUUAUGAGUCUUUCAUCCUGUCGGCGGCAGACGAGUGGACGUAUAUUUCUUCGACUUGCUCGUACACGCAAGAACAAAUUGAUUCUGGGGGCUUGUAUCUCGUGAUAGGGGUUGUUUUCAGUAAUGGUCUAGGCGUAGUCAAUAUAGACACUGUAGAUUUCUCGGCUUAG